CCGAACCUCCACCGCCGCCGCGUCGCCCGGUCUCUUACCCUCGCUGCCUCUCGCUCCCAGUCCCUCGCCCACCCGCACCAGCUUCCUGAGCGGCGGCGCGAACAGGUUGUCACAGCUCCUCAGCCCGCGGGGCAUGAAGUCCUCGCCGAACCUGCGCACGCCCUCACCGCCGCCUGACGGUCCCGCAUCGACGGAGGAUCUGCGGGAGGCGCUGGGGAGGGAGCAGAAGAUGAGGAUGGCAGCGGAGAGCAGGCUGAGCACGACGAGCCAGGAGGUGGAGGAGUUGAGCGUCAGUUUAUUCGAGCAGGCCAACGAGAUGGUCGCGACGGAGCGGCGGGCGCGGGCGAAGCUCGAGGAGAGGGUCGAGACGCUGGAGAAGCGGGACAAGGAUAAGCUGAGGCGGUUGGAUCGGCUCGAGGGGGCCGUGGGGCGCAUCGAAAGGGUGAGGUCGCUGCUGGGGGAGAUGAAUGCCAAGGACGAGGGCGUGAGGGAGGCGGCUGAGCAGAAGAGGGCUUCGCAGCCGUGAGCAGAGGGAGCUCGUAGGAGGUUCGGGGAAUCUUGAUGGAAGGAAUGUACGAUGCAUAGCGGUGCGAAUAUCCGCGGAACAUUUAAUGACGAUACGACACGACUUGCAUGCAUACUGGGCGGGAAGGGAAAUCUUGGGUUAAAUUUUACGAAUCGUUAUGGGAAGGAGAAAAGGAAUUCUAGGAAGAAGCAAAACCGAAGUCUACCCACAGGGAUCGAACCUGUGAGCUACAGUUGUAGGUAGCGCUGCACUUCAGGAUUAGGGGUA